AUGGUGAGCGCAGGCGGGCUCCCGAGGCGGCUGGCGCGCCUGUGCUGCGUGCGCGCGCUGCUGCUGCUCGCGUGCUGGGCCGCGCUGUGCGUGCUGUGGCCGCGCAUGCUUGCUCCGCCCGCCGCGCGCCCAGCGCUGCCCACCCUCGCCGACACCGACCAGCUGCCCGCCGACACCGAGCACCAGCUCCCAUCCCUCCCCCUCGCCUACUUCUACAAGCGCCGCAACGACACUAAUAAAUUCUACAAGACGAAAGACUGUGCGCCGUUGCCUUCAGUGUUCGAGCUCGAGUACUGCAACACUUACUGGCAGACUCUACGUUCGAGCAAAGGCGUAUUCCACCUGUACGGCGCUUAUCUUGAUAUCCGCAGUGCGUCCCAAAUCGGCCCCGCCGUGCGGCUGCUGGUCGUGCACGACCGCCUCGAGCCCGCAUUACCCGCGCACUGCCAGCUCUGGUUCAAGGAGCGCCCCGGCCCCGUCGUCGUGCGCGUGUUCGAGUACACGUACAUGUGGGAACGCGAUUGGGGCAACUACGUCGAUGGCGUGCUGCAGCCGUACCUGCUGGCGUGCGUGCUGCCGGCGGACGUGCGCACGCUGCGGCCCGCCGCCGUGUCGCUGGUGGAGAAGCCGUGCGACCGCGCCACCAACUGCCUGCGCGUGCACUUCGACGAGCCGCCCAAUCGCGCGCAGAAGGAGUUCGCCGUAUGCGUCAAGGGGCUCGACUUCCAGCACGAGGACCUGUCCGUGCGCCUCGUCGAGUGGAUCGAGCUCGUGCGGCUGCUCGGUGCCGACAAGGUGUUCUUCUACGAGCUCCAAGUCCACCCCAACAUCAGCAAGGUUCUCGCGUACUACCGCGCGCGGGGUAUAGUGGAGAGCACGCCCAUCACGCUGCCGGGCGGGCAGCCCAACCUGCCGGGCCUGCAGCACGUGUACAUGAAGAAGAGGUUAGGUAACAAGCGGCAGAUGGAACUGGUACCGUACAACGACUGCCUGUACCGGCACAUGUACCAGUUCCGUUGGAUAACGUUGCUGGACGUCGACGAAGUGAUCGUGCCGAUGGAAGAUCCCGAUUGGGGCUCGCUGCUUAAGCGCCAGCCGCCGGGCAUCACCUACUACGCGCAAAAUGUAUACUACCUAGACGAGCCGGCUAGCCGGGAGCCGGGCGCGCCGCGCUACAUGUAUAUGCUUCAACACGUGCUCCGCACGCGCAACUUCACCAAGCCCGGCUCGAACGUGAAGGCGUUCCACGAGACGGGGCGCGUGCUGGCGCUGCACAACCACUACCCGCUGGCGUGCCUGGGCGGAGCGUGCUCGCCGCACGCGAUGAGCACUGCCCAGGUGCGCCUGCAGCACUACCGCGCCGACUGCGCGCGCUGGCUGAGCGAAGAGAUGCGCUUGUCACCGGUGCGCGACGCCGCCCUGUGGCGCUGGGCCGGGCGGCUCGUGCCGCGCGUGGAGCGCGCGCUGGCCGCGCUGGCGCUGCUGCCGCCCGGAGAGCCCGAGCACGCGCCUCCUACCCACACCUCACCUCCACCCCCAGUCUGA